AUGAUGACGGAUAAACGACGUUUGGAGCUCAAAGAUCUAACAAAGGAAAUGUUUGAUCAUGGCUGGAACAAUUAUAUGCAGCACGCUUAUCCAGAAGAUGAGCUGAAUCCUUUCAAAUGCACUGGCAGGGGCAGCGAUAAAUAUAAUCCAAACAACAUCAAUAUCAACGAUGUCUUGGGAGAUUACUCACUUACACUCGUGGAUACAUUAGACACAUUGGCUAUGCUAGGAACGCAGGAACAAUUUGAAGAAGCUGUGGACAGAGUGAUAAAAACUGUGUCAUUUAGUCAAGACAACAAGGUUCAAGUGUUUGAAGUCAAUAUCAGAGCGCUUGGUGGUCUGCUCUCUGCUCAUAUGCUAGCCACAGACCCAUCUUUCAAUCAUACCAUUCAAGGCUACAACGACGAACUACUGUACAUGGCCAAAGAUUUGGCGGACAGAUUGAUGCCUGCAUUUCAAACCUCCAAAACUGGCAUUCCAUUUCCUCGAGUCAAUCUCAAAAGAGGCGUACCACCAUCCGAGACCACAGAGACUUGCACGGCGGGCGCUGGUAGUUUGAUUCUGGAGUUUGGUGUUCUAAGUCGAUUGACAGGCGAUCCAACAUACGAACAAGCAGCCAAAAAAGCGCUCAAGGCAGUAUGGCAUCGUCGGUCUCAUCUCAACUUGCUAGGCAACGUAAUUGACAUACAAACUGGCCAUUGGAUUCACACAGCCUCAUCGACAGGUGCUGGUAUUGAUUCUGUAUUUGAGUACAUGUUGAAAGCACAUGUGCUAUUUGGCGAGCAAGAAUACAAGGAUAUGUUUGAUCAAGCCUACAAAGCACUCUUGCUGUAUGUGCGUGAUCCAUCCGGCUACUUGUAUCGCAAUGUACACAUGAGCACAGGCUCUUUGAUGAGCUACUGGGUCGAUAGUCUCAGUGCCUUCUUCCCAGGUCUACAAGUACUGCAAGGCGAUUUGGAUUCGGCCAUCAAGCACCAUCUGGUAUUUUACAACAUUUGGCGUCGAUAUCAUGCGUUGCCCGAACGGUUUGAUUUCUACCAAAAAACAGUGGAUUUGCCUUAUUACCCACUGCGGCCUGAAUUCAUCGAGUCCACCUAUCAUCUGUACAUGGCGACCAAAGAUCCGUUCUACUUGGAGGUGGGAGAAAUGGUGGUAGAGGAUCUGAAUAAUCGCACUCGGGUCCCCUGUGGAUUUGCUUCCAUUGGCGAUGUCAGAUCAGGAAGACUAGAGGACCGUAUGGAAAGUUUCAUGCUGAGUGAAACCCUCAAGUACUUGUAUCUCUUGUUCGAUGCGGAUCAUCCUAUCAAUACCAUGGACAGCAACUAUGUGUUUACAACAGAAGGCCAUGUUUUGGGACUACCGAAAAAGUAUCUUUAUCAUAGUAGCAACAGCAACAUAGCUAGCAAACCAGCGAUAGCAACACUGCAACAAUCUCCAGCUGGCACAUGUCAACGCUAUAAUCCAAGUAGGAGACACUAUGCAUCUCUGCCCAAUGCAUUAGAAAUGACAACAAUGCCAUACCAGCCUCAUAUGGAUGUAGCAGCUCACAUGGUUGGCUAUGCCAUUACCACGCCAACGCUACCGCCUCUAUCUCCACAUGGAUACUGUGAAUCGCCAUAUCAUGCCAUCAAAUCGUACAGUGUGUCGUUUGGAUUCUCUUCGCCAGCAGAACGGCUCUUUAAGCAACAACACAACAACAACAACAAUUUGAUGGAAAUUUUGGGCGGAUAUUUGGCUAAAUCGUUGUCAGGACUCAAGCUUGAAUUGAUUAGUGGUGGCAGAAAGAAUGAGUAUUUUGUCAAAGGAGGUUAG